UUGCCUUCAGUUGUGCGCUUUCGCUUCCUGCGUCCUGACUUUCUACCCCUGCUCCGCUUCUCUCUAUUGCCUGCUGGCUGGAUUGGGUGACGUUGGACAACAAAGAUGGCGGCAGGGAGCAGCAACUAUUGGGAAGAUUUAAGGAAACAGGCCCGGCAGCUGGAGAAUGAGCUUGAUCUGAAGUUGGUGUCUUUCAGCAAACUGUGCACCAGUUACAGCCACAAUAACUCCAGAGAGGGAAGACGCGACAGCUCUGACACAACCCCACUACUAAAUGGAUCAAGUCAAGAUCAUAUGUUUGAGACAAUGGCGGUGGAAAUCGAGCAGCUUCUGGCAAAGCUUACCGGGGUAAAUGACAAAAUGGCUGAAUACAGCAGCACAGCUGGUGUGACUUCUAUAAAUGCUGCACUGAUGCACACGUUACAGCGGCACAGAGAUAUCCUGCAGGAUUACACACAUGAAUUCCACAAAACAAAAGCCAACUUCCAGGCAAUCCGAGAAAGAGAAGACCUCUUGGGAUCAGUACGAAAGGAUAUUGAGUCAUACAAAAGUGGAUCUGGAGUUAACAACAGGAGAACAGAACUAUUUUUAAAAGAACAUGAGCAUCUCCGUAGUUCUGACCGUUUAAUAGAAGAAACUAUAAGUAUUGCUAUGGCAACUAAAGAAAACAUGACAUCACAGAGGGGAAUGCUGAAAUCCAUUCAGAGCAGGGUGAACACCUUGGCCAAUCGUUUUCCCGCCGUUAACAGCCUCAUCCAGAGAAUCAACCUGAGGAAGCGCAGAGAUUCUCUCAUCCUGGGCGCAGUUAUCGGCAUUUGCACUAUUUUGUUGCUGCUGUACGCUAUCCAUUGAUGACUGACGCGCCACAGACUAACCAACCACAAUCCAGGGCAAAGUCCAGCUGCCAUCCAGCCCAAGUGAAGCGCGGAAGGCGCAGUUCAGUGCACACAACCUGUAGAUAAGGGAGUGGGAUAUCUUAAACCAAUUUACAUUUUAUAUUGGAAAUCUUCAUAGCACUGGCAGUAUCCCUGUGUUCGCCAGCCCUACGCGCACACAACGACAUGUAACUGUUUACUGUAUCCAUGAUGUAUCCGGACAUAUAGACAUGUACUUUCCGAGGGAGUUAAACAUCCAUUGUGCUAUGCUGCUACCAGGCCAUCAGCCAUCAGACCGGCUUUGCCAGCAAGGUAUGUGUCUGAUUGCCUGAACAUUCAGUUUUAUGCAGAAUAAUUGUACAGUGCACUAAUUUAGUCACAAAUGCAUUCUUAACUCCUCCACCCCCCCUAAUAAAUGCAACAUUGUUCAUACAAAAUGUUUUACUAUCUUCUAAAGCCACUCACUGGGACACAUGGAACUCAGAGAACAGAUAUUUGAGGAGGUAACUUGGUUACCAAAUAGGUGUCUUUUCUCUCACCUCCCAUAUGCAACUCACGGAAAUCCUGCCAGAGAACAUCAGUUUUGGUUGCAUCUUUGCAGGAACCUUACAAGCAGUUAGUUACCCAUUUGGGACCUUCCAGUGUUCCUCAAGCUGCCUGUGUAGUUGUAUGCCCAGCCUAUGUAGCGAUCAGGUGAUUCUCAGCUGGGAUGCUGUAAUAAUCAUAUUUAUCAGAAGGACCUUCCAAUUAGUAAUUGUGGGAUAAAUUACCCUUCUUGAGUCCUGUAGCUGGUGGAAAUACAAGAUUAGUACCAGGUGUGUUUGGGUUUAAAGGCCCUCCCUCAUCAAGCUUGGAUUUCCUGUCUCCUAAACAAGGGGAAGCCAUGCUCAGCCCCCUGCUGCUGCCUGUGUGUAUCAUGGGAGAAAUCUAGCUGGUCAGCAGUGCUCACUGGAAAUGCUUUAUGCAAAAGGUGUUCCAUCAUCCAAAAACUGGCACAGCGGAUGUCUCGUAUAGCUGCUUGGAUGAGCUUACCUUCUGCAUUCCAUAACAGCUGCCACUAAGCCAUCACCCCUUUAUUGUUCCCAAGCACCCCAACUUUACAGUAAACCCGAAUGUUUGCUACUGACAUGAGUGGAGCUGGUAGCCUGGUUACAUGCAAAGCCCAUUACUUUAGUCACCCCGUUGAAUAGGAAAGUGUUAAUCUCAAUUAAAGCGUCUAAUCCCAAAGCCUCUACCUGUACAUACCCCUCCCCCUCCUAAUGGCACUUUCUCAUUCGCCUUUACAGAUAGCUCCAUGAAACUAAUGAUAUUUUAUUGCUCUUGUAAUUAUUUUCCCAUUUCUGCACCUAAUGUGCAUUUUUUCUGUCUGUAAUAAAGAAGAAAGCUUUGUUAUGUAAUUUAAUAAUAAAUUAGAGUUCUACAUA